GUAUUUUAGAAUGGGAAGGCCGAAAAACUCUGAGGCAGAUCCACUUCGGAAGGCAAAACGUGGACGGCCAAGUAAGCAGAAGCGCGAAGAUCACAUCGCUAUUCACACCGGAUUCGAUGGCCAUGCGAACGCUCCUUGGCGCAAAACUGUAUCUAUCUUCAAACAGCCGGUGACACUAGUGCACACUUCCGGUCGUGACAGCAAGAAAGGAACUGAGCAGCAACUUAAACGUGGGUUGAUGAACAAUCGACCACUGGAAAAGCCUGCACCUGUGAUGUGGGCAAAAGCUUUGGAAAAUGUGCAAGCUCUCAUACCUACUGCAGUUGCUGAUAAGGUCGAUGUGAACAAAACGGAGUAUCUGACAGAAAGUCUUCAUCUUGCUGGUCGUCUCGAAAGGGCAAGUGCAGUACUGAACGAGCAAGCUGCGGCGGCUUCCUUAUUCACUAGUAUCCACAACCCGAAUCAGUCAGGUGCAUUUGGCCAAUCCGCCGAUAAGGAGAAACUGGAAAACAAUCUGCUGUUGAACGUGAAUCCAGAGCAACCUUUGCUGCGGCCAAUAUCUGUGCAACCAGAAGACAUCGCGGCACAGGAAAGACGGGUGCUAGAUGCUCGGAAACGACUUCAAGAAGUGAUCAAACAUUUUGGAUGAUCUCGUCGCACUUUUGAGUUGUUUGCUUACCAUGGAAUUUUCUUUUACUGAAAUUGGGACUCGCGGAAUGGCGUAUAUUUGUGGUCUUCAUUAUCAGGUCGUCUGUAUUUUGAUGCUCAUAAAUAAUACAUUUACCAGCGCUGUUGGUCCUGACUAUUUAUCAUUUUUCUCAGACAUUUCGGAUUGUUUUAAAUCUUGUAUAUCUAUCUCC